AUGGGCGAGGGUGGUGGUGGCGGUGGCAAGGACGGCGGCGGGCUCAGCGAGGGCGAGGCGGAAGGAGGCGGCGGAGACGGUGAGGCGGAUGGAGGAGGUGGCGACGGUGUGGCGGAGGGAGGCGGUGGCGAGGGCGAGGCGGAAGGAGGCGGCGGCGAGGGCGAGGCGGACGGCGGCGGCGGCGAGGGCGAGGCGGACGGCGGCGGCGGAGACGAUGAGGCGGAUGGAGGAGGUGGCGACGGUGAGGCGGAGGGAGGCGGUGGCGAGAGCGAGGCGGAAGGAGGCGGCGGCGAGGGCGAGGCGGACGGCGGCGGCGUUGACGGUGGCGGCGGCGAGGGCAAGGCGGACGGCGGCGGCGGCGAGGGCGAGGCGGACGGCGGCGGCGGAGACGGUGAGGCGGAUGGAGGAGAUGGCGACGGUGAGGCGGAGGGAUUCGGUGGCGAGGGCGAGGCGGAAGGAGGCGGCG